GGCCCUUCUUAUAAGUACCAGUGUGACACCCUUUCUAUGCUUGUUACACAUCCCAUUUCUUACAGCUCUUGAUUGAGGAUUAGCAAAGCUUUAAAAAGUAAAAACAGAGGGAAGUGAAUUUAAUAUUCUAGUUUAGUAUCCAAAGUACUCUGUUUACAGGCUAUUUUUCCUUUUUUUAAAGGUAAUGUGAUUCUACCAUAGAGCAAUUAACAGAAAUCAGCUCCAACCUUCAUGUGUUUCCUCACUCCCAAGUAUCAGUGAUUUUCCAGCUUGAAGCAAGGGAGUGAAGCCACCCUGUGCUAGCAGGGAGCACAGCAAUUGCUCAAAGGCCAGCUAGAAAAGCCAGUGCCUGACUGCCAGCUCCAAACAGCUAACCUGCAGCAUGGCAAGAGAAACUUACUGUGUAACCUGAAAAUCUACCUGAAACCCAGAAGGGGAGCUGAAGCGUGGGUCUUUCUUUUAUUCAAAGGAACCUGCCACCACUGGUAGAUGGAAACAUUUUGGAGAGAGACCUUCCUUAUACGUGUGAGUCAUUUGAGGAGGAAAACCAUUUCACCAGAACAGCAGGACCAUUGGGAAGAGCUGAAGAAGACUGAGCGAGAAGCAAAGCAAGACAGGAGCAGAGGGCAGGCAACAGCCGAGUGACUCCCCAGAAACCCCCUCCGGGGUGAGAGGCGCUCGCAACCACCACUUCCCCGCUCCAAGGCUGCACCCUCUUCCUUUUCUCCUUCAGCCCGGGACGGAGCGGGGAAGCCGGGGCGUACGGAGUUAUAGUGUGAAGAAAGAUAUUUAUGGUGCUUGCUCAUCCACCCUAUGAACAAACAGAUGUUGGACCACGGGUACACAGGCUGAAGAACCCAUGGAGUUUAGAAUAUGGAAACUGUGUGAAGAACAUUCGUUCUGCGUUCUCCCUCAGCCCUCUGGCUCUGGUUGGAGCUAAGGAGAAGACCAUGUGUUGCAGGAUGCUCACCAGAACCCCAAGUGUCAUUGCCCAAGUGUUCCUUCUUCUAAGCAUAGUUCUUGUCAUUGCUAUUGCAGUGAUUCAGAUAAAUCAGCAACAGAUCCUUUCCCCAGGGCUUAAGUACGGGAUAGUCCUAGAUGCUGGAUCCUCUCGGACUACAGUCUACGUCUAUGAAUGGCCAGCAGAAAAAGAAAAUGACACGGGUGUAGUAAGCCAAACCUUCAAGUGCAAUGUGAAAGGCCCUGGUAUAUCCAGCUAUGAAAGUAACCCUGGAGCUCUUGCCAAACCCUUUGAUGACUGUCUGAAUAAAGUCAAGGAGAGAAUACCAGUUAAUCUGCAUAAAAACACUUCUGUUUAUCUGGGGGCUACAGCUGGCAUGAGACUACUGAGGUUGCAAAAUGAAACGGCAGCCAAUGAAGUCCUUGCAAGCAUUCAAAACUACUUCAGAGCACAACCUUUUGAAUUUAGGGGUGCACAAAUCAUAACUGGGCCAGAGGAAGGGGUGUAUGGAUGGAUAACAGCCAACUAUUUAAUGGGCAAUUUCUUAGAGAGAAACCUUUGGAGGACAUGGGUCCAUCCUUACGGAAAAGAGACCGUGGGUGCACUGGAUCUUGGAGGAGCUUCCACUCAAAUUUCAUUUAUCCCAGAGGACUCUCAGGAGAAUUUCAACAGCACCUUGCAAGUGAAGUUGUAUGGUUACAGCUACAAUGUCUACACUCACAGCUUCCAGUGCUAUGGGAGAGAUGAAGCUGAGAAAAGGCUUCUAGCGUUGCUGCUCCAGAAAUCAAACACCAGUUCCAAUGUGGAUAAUCCAUGUUACCCUCAGAAUUAUAACACUUCAUUAACGAUGAAGUACUUCUCUGGCAGCCUUUGUACACAGUCUCUGAGACCAGCAAAUUACUACCCAAACCAGCUUGUGAACUUCCAUGGAACAGGAGACCCAGGUCUGUGCCAGGAGAUGGUUUCUUUAUUGUUUAACUUCACUGCUUGCAGAGACAGAGAAGACUGUUCAUUUAAUGGAAUCCAUCAGCCAACAGUUAAAGGGAAUUUUGUGGCUUUCUCGGGAUUCUACUAUACAAUUAAUGCUUUGAAUUUAUCUGGGCACUUCUCCCUAGCUGACUUCAAUUCAAGUAUGUGGUUUUUCUGUUCACAGAGCUGGGCACAGCUCCACUUUAUGCUGCCUAAAUUUGAAGAAAUAUAUGCUAGAUCCUACUGUUUUUCAGCCAAUUUCAUUUAUUACUUGCUUGUACACGGUUACAACUUCGAUGCAGAAACUUGGCCACAGAUACAUUUUCAAAAGGAGGUUGGUAACAGCAGUAUAGCAUGGUCACUCGGUUACAUGUUAAGCCUCACGACCAUGAUUCCAGCAGAAGGCAAGCUGAUCCAAUUACCUCUGAAACCUCCUUUGUUUGCUGGGCUCCUCGUCUUCCUCACAGCUAUGGCAUUGUUGUGUUUUCUUUUCCUUGUUUAUUUGAGUAUUGUAUCACGUAAUCGAAAGAACAUCAGCUGCGUUGAACAUGUAUUUAUUCCAGAAUGAAUUAACUUUAUUGAAAACAAACCAAAAAUUUUAUAGUGCUAUUAACUUAAGUGGGACUUUAUUUUUGAAAAAUGGAGAGUGAAAUAAAGACAGGCAAAAAGACUUCAGGACCAGAAGCACAAAUAGAGAAGAGACACAAAAGAAUCUGUGAUGCGGCGAAUUGGAGUGCUUUUGAAAUAUUUUGGCAAUUGUUUCUGUAUAUCUAGUUUGUUUGUCCAGUGUGCAGCAGGGAACCUGUGUCACUUUGCUUGAUAAGGGAUUAAUAGCCUUUUCCUGACAGGUAUGUAUUAUUUUUUUGUUCACUAACUCUGCGCUAACUGGUAAACUCAAGUGGUGAUGGAUUUGAUCAUGGCAGCGGUUGUUUAAGAUAAAAUUAAACAAGUCAGCAGGAAUCAUGGGAGGCGGUAACAUGGUAGCUGUUCUUGUGUGCAGUGCUGACACUAAAAGCCCUCAAAUAAUCUAAUUUCUGAAACUGGAACAAGCACUGGGUAAUGACAGGAACUGAAAGGAGCAGCUGGGAUAGAAUUGUCUUUAUUGCUGUUCCAAACUGGUUGAUCCCCACCACAUAAAGGUGUAAUAAACUGCCAACACCUCUCAGGACUUUCAAGCCUGUCUUAAAACUGAGCUAUAUCUUUCGGUACCAUGGAGAUCUCAAAGAUUUGCUUUGAAGGUGGAUCAAAAUGCUUUCAUGCUUUAGUAACUAAAUUUGACCUAAAUUUAAAUGUCUCAUAGUUACCUCCAGAAGCCACUAGAGUUUUCAGUGUCCUUUUCUCUAACUUUCACAGAAAUACUUUUUGUAGGUUCUCAUACUGAAACACUGACUUGUAUUCCCUACAUUUUGUUGAUCUCACAGUUGCAGUCAGUACUGGCUUGUCAUGUACAUAUUAUUUCAACUGUCUGGAUAGAGUCUCAGGGCUGGGAUCUUCUGAAGCAUUAAGAUGUUAAGCCCUUCAUUCAAGACCAAGAGGUAUAGGAGCCAGUCUGCAGGCCAGCCAAACACCCUGUCUGUAGUGGGUUCGGGGACACAUUGCUGGAGCUGCAGUCAUGUGCAGCUGUAGUAGAAAGUAAAAACAAGGGAGAUUACCAUAUUCAGCAUCUAUUGCUAACAAGCUAAAGCCUGUGAGGCCACGUGAGUAGUGGUUUCCACACAGGUGUGUUGCAUGUAGGAGACCUCCUUGUUAAUGCAUACACUCAAAAGACAAGUUAACAUGGGGUUAUGAAUUCCAAUGGCACGUAACAUGUUUUCUAUCCCAACUUCAUCUAUUCCCCGUAUUGACUAGCUUGUGAGAUAGGAGAACAGUGGCCAGUAUCUUUAUCCAUGAAUAGUAUUUUCAAUUUCUGUCUCUUGUUUCUAUAUCACCUUCUUACUUUCAGGUUGUGGGAUUGGGGUUUUGUUUUCUUUUGUUUUUCACGGGCUGAUAGAUGAUUUGAAAGGAACUAAAUAUCUUUUUAAAUAGAAAAAAGAAAAGUUAGUGAUUUUUCUAGAGGAUCAACAGUGAGGGCCUUGUCCUUUCUCUGUUGGUAUACUAUGUCCUGUCAGUCUUACUAGAGUACUUAAAAUAAUGCAGAAGGUAUUACAAGAUGAUGAAGUGCUCUGUGGCACCCAACUUACAUCUGAUAAAACAUAAAAUUUACUUUAGAAUGUGUGGACAUUACAGAGGUUGGCAUGAGAUAAAAGCCCUAUUUUGUGUGAUUUAUCUGGAACCACAGCUAAGGGUAAGACCAGGCAGCUGACAGCAUUAAAAUGUUUUCUUCAGCUGCCAAAUUUCUGCUGCUGAAAAUUACAUUCUGGGAUAUUUUCUUGCCCUACAAAACCUUUGCUUUGUGUUGUUUGCGAAUGGCAGAGCCAUUCAGGCAUGUGGUUUUGCACAAAUGGAACACGCUUGGAAGUCAGUCGUCUUAGAGUUGGCAGCUAAAGAACAAGUAAAUUUGUUCCAAAAUUGCUCGAACUUUCAGAUAUACUUGGAUAGAGCCAGUAUCUGAUCAAAGAUGCCUUCCCUCCAUGAAUCACCUUCUGUUUUGCUUUUUCAGUAGUUCCCUCUUCUCCGUAUGUAUAUAAUCUCCCUCCUGUAUCACCAGGAGAUCCACCUGCUCAGUCCUGUGUCUCCUGGCAGUUUCAGCUGGGAAAGCUGAAACUAUUGAACUUCCAGCCAGGCAGCCGCACCACCAUCGCUUACAGCUUCUUCCAGGCCAGCACCAUGGCUGCGGUUCAGUGUCACAGUAAAAAAACCUCGUGGCUUGGACAGGCAGCCAGCGCGGCUACCCUUGGCCACAGUGGUUGCUUCUGGAGGGGAGGUGAGGCAGUGGGGAUGGUGAUUGUUUCAGUAACCGUAGCUAAACCCUCCCCCAAGUCUGAGUUGUAACCAGAUGAACGGGUGUAACAUUGUCCUGUCAUCUAGAACUGAAUGGAUCUCUGGGAGAGCCAGUGAAGUGAACAGCAUUUGGAAAUCUCUACAAACUGAGGUUAUUUAUCUUUUUUUAUACUCUUUACUGCCUGCUUAUGAAGAUUAAUAAAAUUAAGUUGUGAAAAGC